GUCUCAAUAUUUUACAAACAACAAAUCACUCGUGUCGUCUAUACAUUAAAGGUUAAAAAGUUGGUGAAUACCUAUAACAAUUUGUAUAUAUAUGCGGUUGAAAUUUCUAGCUUGAAUUAUUUGUAACUUGGCUGUGGUCCCGGCUUCACAAAAUUUUAUCUUAUUUUUUGUAAAAUCAACUUUUCACAUCGCGACAUCAUGGGUGGAUACAAGCUGACAUAUUUCAACUUGAAGGUUUUGGGCGAGCCGAUCCGAUGGAUUCUCCUUCAUAGUAAUCAGGAAUUUGAGGAUGAUAGAGUUGAAGCUGCAAACUGGCCAGAGAAAAAAGCAACUCUUCUGUGGGGCCAGCUACCAAUUCUAACUCUGGAGGAUGGGACUGAAAUGACCCAAUCGGUUGCGAUCAGUGAGUUUUUGGCCAAGAAAUUUAAUCUGGUACCAAAUGACCCGAUUGGACAAGCUCGUUGUUUGGAAAUCGUUCUCCAUAUUCAAGAUUGUCGCUCAAAAUGGGCUCCUUUUUAUGUUGAACAAGAUCCAGAAAAACAAGGAGCGAUCAAAAAGGACCUACUUGACAACAUCUUCCCCCAUUUUCUGGGAAAGUUUAAUGAUAUUGUGGCCAAGAAUGGAAACUAUGUCGUUGGAAACACGGUGACCUGGGCAGAUUUUUGGCUGACCAAUUUCUUGGAAAUCUGGAGAGAUACCAUCGAUGAUGGGCUGUUGGACAAGUACCCGGCCCUUCAAAAACAAAUGUCCAACGUAUUUUCCAUACCACAAAUCGCAGCUUGGGUCGACAAACGGCCACAAGCUUCGUUGUUUGGAUUUGUCAUGUAAAAUUGCAUGCAAAAAUUUCUCUGUGUGUCAUUAUCAUCCAAUUUCAGCAUACAAAAUUUUAAAAGUGUUUAAUCAGUAUUCAAAUCACAAUUUCGCAUCUAAAAUAUUAUAAUUUGGGGAUCCAGACAAUAAACUCUGAAUAAAUUCUUUGUGCACUUCAA